UUAAAAAGAGGCUUCAUUUUGUACUUUUUUUCUUUUUCACGAUUUACUGCAGAACAGCGUCGACUCAUAUUUGAUUCGUGUUAUGACAGCAGCAGAAUCCUACGGGAUAUGUUCAUCUCCGCCUCACCGGGGUCGGGCAGGAGAAAAAAAAACAUUCCCUCGGUCGUUUGCAGAUGUUAUGACAGGUUUCGUUCCAAGUAUUGUGGUAGCAGUGUCUGUGGCUAUUAUAACUACUCUUGUCAUUGUCGUGUUUGGAUUAUGGAAACUCAAGAAAAGAGCGGCUCAACAGAGCCAGAGUGGUACCCACAAGAAGUAUCGGUUCAGGAAGAGGGACAAGGUACUCUUCUAUGGACGCAAAAUGCUCAGGAAGGUGAGCAGUUUUUCUCGGAAUACAAUCAACGCCGCAGGAUUGGGUCAGGGGAAAGGUAGAGGAGAACUGAAUAAGAAAGAAAUCAUGAUGCUGGCUAAAAAGUUUUCCAAGAUACUGAGACUGAAGAAAGCCCCGUCACAACCUACACUACAAGUUAAGUGUCCACCAAAGUCUUUUUUUGAAGCUGAUGGAGCUGAGAUGGAGGAAGAUCACAGGAUUCCCUCCGAGGUUCUGUAUAUGCUCAGGAGUGUCAGGGUAUUUGGCCACUUUGAGAAACCUCUAUUCUUGGAGCUGUGUAAACAUAUGGAGUCAAAGUUUGUUCCAGCAGGAAGUUACCUGUUCAGGGUAGGAGAUGAAGACAACUGUAUAUAUGUUGUACAGAGUGGCAAGAUCAAUGUCUAUAUCACUGAAGGGGGUUCAGAGUACCUGGUGAAAGAAGUUGAUACAGGUGAUAGUAUACACAGUCUGCUCAGUAUACUAGACUUCAUAACUGGCAAACCCCAACCGUACAAAACAGUAUCAGCUAGAGCUGUUGUUGAUACAACCAUUCUCAAACUACCUGCUUCAGCUUUCCAGUCAUUGUUUGAAAGGUUUCCAGAGUCCUUGGUUAGAGUUGUACAGGUGAUAAUGGUGAGACUACAGAGGGUCACGUUUACAGCCUUACAUAACUACCUGGGUCUCAGCAGUGAACUCAUCAACAGGCACAGUGAAGUGGACUUCAAGUCUCUUUCUAUACAUGCUAUAGCUUCACACACUCCUCUGGGUAAGAGACACAGUAGUUUGGCUGGUGUGUCCAAGUCUGAGAAUGAAAAACAGGAAGCACCUAUAAGAGCACAGGCCCAGAGUGUGAGUAGUGUUACUGAUGAAUCAGACAAUGAUACAAGGAUCACAGAUUUUGAUGCGGCAUGUUUGAGGGCUCGGGUUACUGAGGCUAGUAAGACUGUGUUAAGACAGGUAUCUGAUGAUGGGCCGUCAACGUCACCACAGGGGUCAAGAUUGAGAUUGAAACGUCCAUCAGAGCCACUGGUCAACGAGAGUGGGGAAACAUUUAAAGAUGAUGAUAUACUUGAUAUGGCAAAGGCAGAUCUUGUCAAGAUUCUUAAACUUAAGAAUGAGUCACUGUUGGACGACAGGGUACAUCUACAUACAUACAGAGGAGGGAUGAAUCUGAUGAAACAGGGUGAUCAGGAAGCCUCACUGAUAUUCGUGGUCAGUGGUCAGCUCAAUGUGUUACAGCAUUAUGUAGGGGAAGAAGCAAAGGAGGUGAAGUUGUUUUCUGCCCAGCCUGGAGAUAUUGUUGGAGCACUGGCUGUUUUGACUGGAGAACCUUCAUUCUUUACCAUUAGGUCUAAAUGUGAGACCAGGGUUGUUGUCAUCUCCAAAAAGGACUUCUAUUUGAUAAUGAGAGAACAGCCAUCUGUUGUGCUGAAUACUGCAUCAACAACUCUAAUCCGACUGACACCAUUUGUCCGGCAGAUUGACUUUGCCCUUGAUUGGAUGAUGAUAGAAGCUGGAAGAGCUCUUUUCAGACAAGGAGACCAUUCAGAUUCUAUCUACAUAGUUUUGACGGGUCGACUGAGAACAGUGAUUACAAGUUCUGGUGAUAAGAAAGAAAUGGUAGGGGAGUAUGGCCGAGGAGAACUGGUUGGUAUUGUAGAGGUUCUUACACAGCAGGAGAGAGUGACAACGGGUAUAGCUGUUAGAGACACUGAAUUAGCCAAGUUGCCUUCCGAACUAUUAAAUGUGAUAAAGAGAAAGUUUCCACAGGUUGUAACAAGGUUGAUACAUCUGCUAGGUCAGAGGAUCAUAGGAUCCAUGAGGAGUAAAGAUUCUCUACAGAUAUCUGAAACAAUGCCAGGAGUGGAGACGAGAGGUUCUGUGACCAAUCUAGCUACUGUAGCCAUCUUGCCAGCAUCUAAUGAUGUACCUCUUACGAACUUUACAUUGGAGAUACAACAUGCACUGAAAGUUAUUGGACCUGUGACAAGAUUUACAAGUGACAUUGUGAAGAGAUGGUUAGGUGCAGGAGCAUUUGACAGUGUGAAUGAGUUCCGGUUGUUUAGUUGGUUGGGUCAACAGGAAGACCUGCACCGUGUGAUAUUAUACCAGUGUGAUUAUACAAUGACAAGAUGGACUAAGAUGUGUAUCAGACAGGCAGAUUGUAUACUUAUUGUUGGUAUAGCAGGAAAUGAUCCUAAAGUUGGUGAGUUGGAGCAACAGAUGGAGACAAUAGAUGUUAGAGCACAGAAGGAACUGGUGUUACUGCACCAGGAAGAUGCGGACUACCCUAACGGUACGGUACAAUGGCUAAACGCUCGCGGCUGGUGCUCCUCUCAUCACCAUAUACGCUGUCCAAAGAGAGUCUUCAGUAAAAGAUCUCCAGCUAAAAUGAUGCAGUUGUAUGAAGAGUUACAGAAGACAGGUGCUGAUCGUAUGUCAGAUAUGAGCAGAUUGGCAAGGUUCCUGACUGGUACAUCAGUAGGCCUUGUACUUGGAGGAGGAGGAGCUAGAGGUUUAUCACAUAUAGGUAUCAUACGUGCCUUAAUUGAGGCAAAGAUUCCUAUAGAUAUUGUGGGAGGAACGAGUAUCGGUGCAUUCAUGGGGGCACUGUGGUGUGAGGAGGUGCAACACCCAAGAUUUAUACAACGUGCGAGGGAGUGGUCUAUGAAAAUGACAUCAAUAGCCAACAAGAUACUAGAUCUGACAUAUCCUGUUGCUUCAAUGUUUACAGGAAGUGCUUUUAAUGAAAGUAUAGAGAGUACAUUCAAAGAUCGACAGAUUGAAGAUCUCUGGAUUCCUUUCUUCUGUAUAAGUACUGACCUAAAUAUGUCACAGAUGAGAGUACAUACGCAUGGAAAUUUAUGGCGUUAUGUACGAGCCAGUAUGACUCUAGCUGGGUAUCUUCCACCCCUGUGUGAUCCUAUAGAUGGACAUCUACUGCUUGAUGGAGGAUAUGUCAACAAUCUACCAGCUGAUGUAAUGAGAACUUUUGGUGCCCAGUCUAUAUUUGCUGUAGAUGUUGGUAGUAUAGACAGUACAGAGCUUACAAACUAUGGUGACAAACUGUCAGGCUGGUGGUUACUAUGGAAACGAUGGAAUCCAUGGGCUGAACCUGUCAGGGUUCCGGACAUGCAAGAAAUCCAGUCAAGACUGGCCUAUGUUAGUUGCAUAAGACAACUAGAACUGGUGAAAAACAGUGACUAUUGUGAAUAUAUCCGACCACCUAUAGAUAAAUAUGGUACACUCCAGUUUGGAAGUUUUGAUGAAGUUAUGGAGGUCGGAUACAAUCAUGGGAAGACAAUGCUGUCAGGCUGGGAGAAAGGCGGGCUUAUCAGCAAGUUGUUCCAGGACAAGAAGCGUCUGGGAAGAAAACCUGUAACAUCUAGAUCAUCUGAACCUGAUGUGGCCCAUACACCAAGACUGGCCUACUUUACUGACCUAGCAGAGCUUGUUUCAAAGAUAGAUGAACCCACAAGCUCUGUGUCAUUGUAUGAUGAUGAGGAUGAUGAAAUCUCAGAUUCCUAUGAUGAUGAAGAGGUGAUUGUGUCGGACACUAACCAGCAUGCAUCUGUACCUGAUGAACAUACCAGUCUGCGAAAUGUUCAGUUUCACAUACCUUCUGAUGAAGCUGAUGGUCUUAGUGAUGAAGGUGAUGAUGAGGAUGAUGAUGAUGAUGAUCAGUAUAUCACUGACAGUGAGACUGAGGGAGAUGAUGACCUUAGCUCACUUUCCACAAAGUUCAAGAUGUCACCGUCUACAGAGAAAAGAGCUAGACAGAAAUGUGGAAUGCCGAGAAGAUUGUCAGGUUAUUUGAAGUAACAAAAUACAACAGCUUGACAUAGUGUAGCAUAAAGCAUUGAACACUGUGAUGUUUUACAGUAUUAGAGUAUUAAAUCUGUGCAUACUUACAGUGAUGGAACAUUUCUGAUACUAGACAACUUCUUUAUGAUUCUUUUGCUCUUUUGUUUGAUUUUUUCUGCACCUUUAGAUUGAUAUAAGCAGGGAUUGCCGUAUUAAUGCUAUUUAUGUAUGUAUAUUGUUGCUUAAUACAGUUGAGUUUUGACAUCUCGAACUCGUUUAUGUCAAAAUCUGGAAGACAUUCUCAAGUCCCAAGAACUGUACAAAUCUGAUAGGAAGACAUAAGACCAAUAGUCAGAUCUGCCUUUACCACCAUAUUUACAGAGGUACCACCUGUUUUACUGGACUUAUUGUCUACUAUAUUUGUAAAGAUUUAUUCAUGGUCUCCAUUUCAAAUGAUGAACCAACAAAUACCUAACUUUUCAGAAGGAGCAAAAUUUUUUUUUUUUAGAAUGAUGAAAAAAAAAAAGCUGCAGAAUUUUAUAGAAAUUGUCUUCGAAGUUACUUCUAUUCUUCCAAUUGGUAUGAAAAAUGCCAAUGUUUGAAGAUAGGAUUUGCUUUUUUACAUGUUUUGUUGUUGUUUUUUUUUCAACCAAUCGUGCUUUGACAUGAAAUGAAAUUAUCUUAUCAGGCUUUGCUGAUCGGUUGAGAGAUUUGUAGCUUUUUUCAAAAAAAUUCUCAUUGAAUUCCAAUGUACAUUGAUUAGAAAAUCACAGAGGCCAAAAGGAUAGGUUCUGUAUCAUAAAUGGACACCAUCAUUUUACUGUAAUUGGUCUUAAUACAUAAACUACCUGUGCAGAAUUUGAGUGACCUCAUCACUUUUUUAUUUUUGCUUAUAUUUGUAUGUGUGAAAAUGCCAAUUUGUAACUUAUCAAAAGUGAAUGUUCAAAAUUUCACUGUAUCACUGUUAAGAUGUGUAUAUAUACUGUAUGUUAAGUUUAUUAAUGUCAGUUGUAUUGUGUUGAAUUUGAUGUUUUUAGAAAGCUGAAGAGAAAAAUGGAGAUUUUUUUUUUCUGAUGUUGAUCUUUUUGUUGUAUAAUUUUGUUGUCGUAGAAAUGUAUAGACAUUAUUCAACAGUGCCUAACAAGUUUAAGUUACAGAUCUUAACAAGAGUAUGUUGUUUUCUUUCUGUUAAAUAUCUUUGCUAUUUGAACAAAAUAAAUUAUGCCAGACUAAAACAAAUAGUAAUAACUAACUAUCACAAGUCUAUUUUAUAUAUGUUAUAUUGUAAUACUUAUACAGAACAGCAGAAAUGAAAGGGGCAUUAAAGACAUGUUUUUUCUUAAAGACGUACCUGUGCUGAUCACUUGUUUUUUUUCCAGGUAUGAUUUACUUUUCCUCUAACACUUGUAAAAUGUUUCUGACUGACAUCUAUUGAUUGUAUUUUCAGGUUUUAAGUUUACUCAGGCCAGAAGAUUAGUCAGUUUUAUUGCAUUUCCAAGUUUUUGUUAUUCAUUGUGGUAGUACUUUAUUGUUUUUUUAAAGACAUAAAUUGCUCUACCAUUAAAUUAAUGAAUAUUUAAAAAUAGAUAUAAAUCUUAUUGGAUUGUUGAAACUAAGGAUCUGCUAGAUAGCUCCACUGUCAGUGUUAUUGUUCCUUCUUAUUCAGACAAUAUUUAUUUAUAGGAUUUGUUUUAUUUCUUUGAAGAGACUAGUUGUAAGCUUGUCCUAGAUAUCUCUUUGACUGGAUCAAGAACAAUUAUUGCUUCAUGUUCAGUGCCGUGACGUAUUAUGAUCUGCUGAGAGAGUUUUUAGCUCACCUGAGCAGGAAGUGCUCAAGUUGAGCUAUUGUGACCGGUCAUUGUCAGGCGUGCAUCGUCCGUCAACAUUUGCCUUGUGUACACUCUAGAGGCCACAGUUGUGACCCAAUCUUUAUGAAACUUUGUCAGAAUGUUUGUCUUGAUGAUCUCUAGGUCAAGUUCGAAACUUGGUCAUGUGAGUCAAAAACUAGGUCACUACCGCGUAGGCCAGAUCAAAGGAAAAGCUUGUGAACAUUCUAGAGGCCACAGUUGUGACUCAAUCUUUAUGAAACUUAGUCAGAAUGUUUGUCUUGAUGAUAUCUAGGUCAAAUUCAAAACUAGGUCAUUUGGGGUCAAAAACUAGGUCACUAGGCCAGAUCAAAGGAAAAUCUUGUUAACACUCUAGAGACCACAAUUUAAGUUUGAAACUCAUGAGAAUUGGUCAGAAUGUUUGUCUUGAUGACCUCUAGGUCAAAUUCAAAUUUGGGUCAUGUAGGGUCAAAAACUAGGUCAACCGUACAAAUCAAAGGAAAAGCUUGUGAACACACUAGAGGCCACAGUUGUGACUCAAUCUUUAUGAAACUAAGUCAGAAUGUUUGUCUUGAUGAUUUCUAGGUCAGUUUCGAAACUGGGUCAUGUGGGUUUAAAAACUAAGUCACUAGGCCAGAUCAAAGAAAAAUCUUGUUAACACUCUAGAGUCCACAGUUUAAGUUUGAAACUCGUGAGAAUUGGUCAGAAUGUUUGUCUUGAUGACCUCUAGGUUACUCAGGUGAGCCCCUGAUUGGGUUAAAAUUAUUUUUACUGAUAUAUUUGUUGUGCUGAUAUAUGAACUUUUGAUAGUGGAUAUUAUUUGUUAAUGUUUGUAUUAAGAGGAGAUUGCCUUUCUGCAAAUGAAAUUUAACGUUCCAUUGACUCCAGGGUUAUUUCACUUUAAUUAAUUAGUAACUGCAUUUUCUGUACAUCCGAUGCCAAAUCUUGUUGAGUUAUGCGAAUGGUUUCAUAUACAAGCUGAUAUAUCACAGUUAUAGCCCCUGAAAUGUUUUUUUUUUACAACUCGGAAUAUGUUUAAUAUUCUUAUUUAAUAUUCUUAUUUCUGUGACCAGAUAAGCUGUGACAUUAGUUUUUUUAGUGAUUUGGGUAGUACUUGCACUUUAGCGGACUUUCUAAUGAUAAAAAUAAUUUUAAAAUGUAUUAAAAGAUUUAAAGUUGUGAGGGGUAACUUUAUUUGCAGAAGCUACUUUUAGGAGCUACUGCCCCAGCACCACAACUUUCAUGUGCAUAUUUUAAACUUCCAGGGUUCCAUACCUCUUGUUUUUAUUUCGAUGUAAGUGAGAUGUGGAACCAAAAUUUGUAGUCCUGUUUGGCGCCAUAUAACCUAUACUGUGUUGGUGCGCCGUAAAACCCAAAUAAAUAAAUAAAUAAACUUCCAGGGACUUCUAAAGUGCAUCCUACCUCUGAUUUGGACAGACAUACAUUUGGUGGGGGAAAAUAAUUAAUUGAUUGUUGUCUUGUUUUUCUCUUCAAUUCUGUAAGCAGACUGAUCUGAUGGAAAUCUUCUAAUUUAAAAAAAGUUGUGAUAUAUACAGAAAACAUUUCUUCAUCUGUUUUAUGUGCUUCAAUGAGUCUUUGAAGUGACUGAUUUUUGUGUGUGAGGUGGUGGUGAGGGGGAACUGUUGACUUAAUUUUAAUAUCCUGCCUCUCACUGUUGUGGGUUUACAACCAGAUUGGGAUGAAGAUUUCUUCCAUGCAGUGUUCUCCAUGUACAUGGCUUGUGGAAGGCCUGUGGUUCUAUGCCUUAAAUACUGUCAGGAGGGGUAGAACAAACUGAUUUUCAGCCUUUAAAACUUUGUAAGUAAAAAAAAAUUCUAAUGAAAAUUGUAUUACUGGUAGUAAUUAUGUUGUUAGAUAUUACACAUAUUAGACAUAUAGUGAAACAGCUCAACUGUAGCUGUAAUAUAUGUGAUAAAACUGUCUCAAUUGUGAUAUUAUUUGAUAAGGAAAUGAAGUAGCAAGUCUGUAAUAACCAUUCUAGCUGUGAUCACAUCCUUAAAGUUGAACAGAUUUUCAUUAGAAUGAAUGCCUGUAGGCCUCAACACUCAAUUAUUGUACCAGAGAUAACAUAAAUUUGUUUCAUUUAUUCUUUGAUGAAUCAGGAAUUUCUUCAGGUUUAUUCAUAGAAUUAAUGAAAAUACUUGAAAUUGUGUGUAUUAAUUUAUAUAAUAAAUCGUUAUAUGAGUUUGGGUUCUUUGUAUACAAGUUAUGUAACAAAAUAGUUGUAAAGUGUAUGGCCUGCAGUCUUGAUUUCAUAGAUAUGAGAACUUGAAGUGGUAGUUUAGUGCAUUGAAUUAUUGUGUAAAAAGUGUUUGUGGAAAUUAUUUGGUGCCAUACUGAAAACAUUGAAAGUUACAAACAGGUAUAUAUAAGCUGAUUUAAAUUUGAAAAGUUUGUUUCUUGUUAUCCAUUUGAUGUACAUUUGUAUACCCUCAAAUUUUUUUCUGAGCUGAUUGUAAUUGAUUAUACUAGUAUAUAGAGUAGUUUAGUUUGUUCUAGGCAGGCAAUUUGUUUUCUACUUACUUUAACCUUUACCCUGCUAUAUUUCAAAGAUGGGUAGGUCCAUCAUUCAAUUUGGGCAGUACCACUUAUUAUACAAACUAGGACUGUUCAUUAAAUAUUUACAGACUGAAUAGCAAAUCAGGCUGAUCUUGGUCUGCGCUGGUCGCAAAGGCAAAAUCACUUGCCGCCAGCAGGCUAAAGGUUAUAUAUGAGCAAUCUACUUGUUCAAAUUUACAGGGUAUAAACCUAUAAUCAUAUUUUAACCUAGUUAAACAAACUGUGGUAAUGUAUUUUGUUAUGUCAUAAGAAGUUUUAAGAUACACACUGUCCAAAAUUAUAUUUUAGCUGGUCUGAGCACAUGUGCUAAAGGUGAACUAUUGUGAUCACCCUAUGUCAGUUGUCCAUCAUUGUAUAUUGUCAAGAAUUCUACUAUAAACACUACAGAGGUCACAGUGUGGGUCCAGUCGUAAGGAAACUGGGUCAAAAAGUUUCCAGUAAUAAAACCUCGAAGGCAAUUGAAACUGGGUUAUAAAAUGUCAAAAACUACAUCACUAUGUCAAAUGUUUAAAAAAAACUUGGUAAACACCUCAGAGGCUACUUUUUAAUGGGAUCUUUAUAAUAUUUUGUCAGAAUUUUUGUCACUGAAAUCUAGUACAAGACUGAAAUUGGGUUGUCAAAAGUUAAAACUAGGCCACUAGGCCAAAUCAUAGAAAAGCCUUGUUAACACUUUACGUCACAGUUUCUGCUUGAUCUUCAUAAAAUGAUGUCAGAUUGUUUGCCUUCAUUAAAUCUAGGUCAAGUUCAAAAAAUGAUUACCCGACCUCAAAACUAAGGAACGAAGUCAGAUCGUGGAAAUAUCUUUUUUGCAAAACUGGGAACAGAGGUAAAACAACUAGGUCACAAUGCCAGUUUAUUAAAAUUUCUUGUUUACAUACUAAGGGCCACAUUUUAUAUCUGAUCUGGGCAAAUUUUGUCAGAAUAUUUGUCAUAAUAAAAUUUAGAUGAAGUUUGAAACUGCUAACCAGAGUCAAAAACUAGGUCAAAUUGUUGAAAAAACUUGGUUAGUAUACUAGUACUGUGUGAUUGUCAAUUUAUUAUCAGAGUUUUGUAAUGAAAUCUGGGCCAGACAGGAUACUAGGUUACCUAGGGUAAAAAUUAGGUCAGAUGAGCGAUAGAGGCAAGUCCUUCUUGACCAUCUUAUUGUAGCUAAGCCUGGACAAGAUAUUGUAGGGUGAAUUUUGUUCCAUAGCAAUGUAAACCUUGAUGUAUGUUUGAAGUAUCUUUAAGUUUGUUUCUUCAUAGUGAUAUUUUGUGUUUUGUAAAUGAUGUUUUCUUAAAGAGUGUGUUACUGUUUUCUUAGUAGAAACUCAGCACCAUGGUGAAUGAUACUACUGUUACCUUCUUCUGCGAAGGUUUUUGUAUACAGUAAAGUGGAGGGAUGUGCUUAUAUUUAAGAAAUAAUUUAUAGCAAAAGAGUGCUUUAACACUAUUUAUGCAAGAUGGGUGGUUAUACGUCGGGCGUAAUAAGUCCACGAGGGUGCAGCCCGAGUGAAAUUAUUUGUACGACGUAUGACUGCCCGAUUGUAUAAAUAGUGUUAAAACACGGUUUUGCUAUAAAUUAUUUCGAUUCUAAUAUGCCCUUUAUCUAAAACAAUAGAUAAAAUAUAGUAGCGCUCUUUCUUGGUCGCAUCAAAACCUUUGACGUUAACAUGACGUCAUUCUACCAUAAGCGUGUUUUAACAGAGACAAACAUAUUAGAAUUGUAAUUACAGAUUAAGUUAACACAAAGUUCUUGAUUGAAAAAGAGAAAAGAGUCAUGAUACUUGUAACGUUUUACAUUAAAAAAAAAUUCCAGAAAGUUUAUCUUAAAAAAAUAAUUUCAUUGUAACUACUCGUAUGGGUAAUGUGUCAGUAGGGCUUUCAUUGUCCAAGUUUUGUUUAUAUAAUGUUACUAAAUGUGAUUGAAGUCUGCUUCAUUUAUUUUUGUUGAUAUUGCAUUAUUUAUAUUGAUAUUAUCAUUUUGUAAAAUAUGAUUUGAGAAAAAUAAAUCAUUGAAGCAACA